AUUAUGGUUCUCUCCCACGAAGAGGAGAAGACUCACCCUUAUUGGUAUGCCCGAGUGAUCGGUAUAUUUCAUAUCAAUGCAGAACAUCAGAACAACACUGGACUAUACUCACGCCCAACACGGAUGGACUUCCUACUUGUCCGUUGGUUCCGACGGGAUAGUUCGCCUGCAGGUUGGGCUGCAAAACGACUCCACCGCCUUGAGUUCUUCGACGAAGACAGCCCUGAUGGAUACGGAUUUUUGGACCCGGACACCGUUAUUCGUGGGGUGCACUUAAUUCCAGGGUUUGCAUAUCCUAUUGAUCCCGAUGAUCUGAAUUCUGACAGCCGGUUCUACUAUUUGAAUAUAUUCGUUGAUCGGGAUAUGUUUAUGAGAUACCGGGGUGGUGGAAUCGGUCAC